AUGUGGAUAGGAUCUAUUCUUUUCACCAUCAUAUUCUCGUCGGUGUUUGGCGAUAAAGAGAGGGUGAUUGAUGGGGCGGGAGCGAGGAUUCAACAUCAUCAUCACGUCGAUGGAGAAUCUGAUGAUAUCGACCAUCAGGCAAUUCUUGGCUCAAAGCAUCAAGCCGAAGAAUUCGAUCAACUCAGCCCCGAAGAAUCCCAAGCUCGCCUGAAAAUUUUGGCGAAGAAAAUGGACAAGAACGGUGAUGGAUAUGUGGAUGAAGAGGAAUUGACGAACUGGAUACAAAAUUCCAUGAAAUCUUUGGAUGAUGAAGAGGCGAUUGAGAGGAUGAAAGAAAUCGAUGUAGAUGGAGAUAAUAAGGUUUCCUGGGACGAGUACGCAGCGGAUUCAUUUCCGGAGACGGAUAUCACCAAAUUGGAUGCCGACGAUCGAAAGUUGCUUGAUGAGGACAAAAAGUAUUUCGCUGUCGCCGAUCAGGAUGGUGAUGGAAAAUUGAACGAAGAAGAGUUGAAAGCUUUCCUCAACCCCGAGAACUAUCCACAUAUGCACAAAGUACUCGUUGAGGUGACUCUUUGGGAGAAAGACGGAAAUCAAGACGGGGCGAUCGAUUUGAAAGAAUUCUUGGGCGAUAUGCACGAGCAGCCACAAAGUGAAUGGCAUGCGGUCGAAAAGGAGCGUUUCGCGAAUGAAUACGAUGCGGAUAAAGAUGGGGUUUUGAAGGGAGAAGAGAUUAGGAAAUGGCUUAUUCCUGAUCUGUAUCAAGUGGCCGUCCAGGAGGCGAAACAUUUGAUCGAGAUGGAGAAUCACACGAACUCCGACUCUCACUCGAAUUCCCAUUCAAAUUCCCAUUCUGAGCCUGGCCCUCAUCAACUACCGCCUCGUUUUGAAUGGUUUACUGAGCAAAUUGCGGGACAUCAUCCAUCGGUGGUCAAGAAUGGAAUUCGAGAGAUUGGUUUCCUGAAAGAGAAAGGCUCCAACUACAUUCUCAAAUUGCGACAGGAUGGGAAACGAGGAGAUUGUGAGAUUCGUUUCUAUCAACUCCUCAAUCGAACAUUCGCUGAUGAUUACGAUCCCGAGGACGAUAUUGGAGAACCAUUUCCGAGCAAUUGUGUGACAACACGAGACGAGAUCAACAUGACUCGUUUCAUCGCCGACGGCGGAGUGCCGCGGUUUCAUGGAUUGAAGCGGGUGCCCAUUGAUGGAAAAGAAGAGGAGUUUUUGAUCCUUGACGAUUUGACGUGUCCAUUCUCUCGGCCGGCAAUCAUGGACGUGAAAAUGGGUCGGGUCACCUAUGAUCCGGAUGCGAGUGAUAAAAAGGUCAAAUCCGAAACGGAAAAGUACCCGCCGCAGAAAUCGCUCGGUUUUCGGCUUCUUGGAUACAGGAUCCACAAAGAGGACGGAUCGGUGGAGAUUCAGGAUAAAGAUUGGGGGAAAAGCAAAGAUGAGACAAAUAUCGGACAAGCACUCCUCGAAUAUUUCACCAUUCGACCGGACGCUGUGGCGCUGAUCCUGAGAAAGGCCACCCUUUUCCGUGAAUGGUUUGCUCAACAGCGUCUCUUUCAUUUCUAUGCUUCGUCUCUUCUUUUCAUUUUUGAGACCGAUCCAACGAAACCGGUGAAUGCAGAUGUCAGAAUGAUUGAUUUCGGUCAUGUUUACCCGGGAAAUGAGCAACUCGACGAUAAUUACACGCACGGAUUAGACAAUUUGAUCUCACUUCUCGAGGAGAUGCUCUUAAAAACU